GUAGUAAGAGACAACAAAGACAGCAAGUUAGCACUUACUAUUUUGCUUUUAAUAUUUCUUCUCUUCCACCUCUUCUUCUUAGGCACUUACAAUGAGUCACACAGAAUUUGGUGGAGUAAUUGAGGGAAAGAUCAGGAUGAACACUUUGAAGAAAUGGUUCACUUCUUCUCAGGCUAUAUUGAGCAUGGUACUAGUGCAACUUUUUGUAACUGGGUUGCAGCUUCUGUCAAGGGUUAUAUUGGUUAAAGGCUCUUUCAUUGGUGCACUUAUUACUUAUCGUCAUAUUGUUGCUGCAAUUUGUGUUGCUCCCUUUGCGCUUUACUUCGAAAGAGGCCUCACAAAGAAGUUCACUUGGAAGGUUUGGUUUUGGCUAUUCAUUAAUGCAUUAAUGGGGAUGACCCUAGCGCAAGGAUUGUUCUAUUAUGGUCUGCGAGACACUUCAGCUACCUUCUCAGUCAAUUUUCUCAACUUAGUUCCAAUAACCACCUUCUUUACGUCUAUCAUAUGCAGAAUGGAGAAACUGAGGUUGCAAACAUGGGCAGGUAAAGCUAAGUGUGUAGGGGCAAUUUUGUGUGUUGGUGGAGCAUUAGUUAAUAGUCUUUACAAAGGGAAGGAGUUUUAUCUUGGUCACCAUAGUCAUCACGCUCAAACUGCUACUGCAGCACACAAAACCAACAUGCUUCGUGGCACUUUGUUUUUGAUUUGCAGUUGCUUCUCUUUAACGGCCUGGUUUAUUGCGCAAGUGAAGUUGCUUAGAAUAUUUCCACUGAGGUUUUGGGGAACAAUGAUAGCAUGCAUUCUCGCAGCAAUUCAAGCAGCAAUAAUAGGUGCCUUCUUAGAUUCCAGUAAAGCUUCGUGGAGAUUAGAGUGGGAUCUACAACUAAUCACUAUAGUAUAUUCGGGAGCACUCGCUACGGCUGCUUCAUUUUGCUUUUUAUCUUGGGCAAUUAAAAUCAAAGGACCUAGUUAUCCUCCAAUGUUCAAUCCCUUGGCUCUUAUUUUUGUGGCCAUAUCAGAAGCUAUUGUACUUGGACAACCAAUAGGAGUCGAAACGUUGGUGGGCAUGGUUUUGAUCAUAAUGGGAUUGUACUUCUUUUUGUGGGGCAAAAACAAUGACACACAGAGAUUGCCUCAACCAAAUGGACUAACAAGCAUGCCUGAUACAUCUAUAGUCGCACCAAGUUCUUCUCCUACCGACACUAGUGUGCUUCUUCAAAUUGACAAGACUUGUAAUAAAAACUGAAAAAAAUAUAUAAGAUUGGUUUGUUUUUGUUAAGAUGUUGUCUAGCAAGGUGAAAAUAAGUUGCUAGUGAUAUGCGCAUGCAGAGAACUGCACUAAAAUGUAAACGUAAAGGAUUAUGUUGUGAGUUCAUAAUUACCUUUGCCUUUUACUAAGUGGACAACUUAUAGCUAA